AUGGUUGAUUUCAGGGGAAAGUUUGUUCUAGCACCGAUGGUACGUGUUGGAGAGCUUCCCACAAGACUGUUGGCUCUUAAACACGGUGCUGAUCUCGUUUGGGGUCCCGAAACCAUCGAUAAGAAGAUUCUUCAGUGCGAAAGAGUUGAAAAUAGGAAACUUGGAACUAUCGAUUUUCUAAGUCAGGGAGGGAGCACAAAAGUUCCUGGAGUAACCAAUCUUGUGUUUCGUGUAUAUCCACCAGCAGAAAAGGGAAAGCUGAUAUUUCAAAUGGGCACGGCUAAUCCGGAAUUGGCGGUACGUGCAGCUAAGAUUGUGGUGAACGAUGUUAGUGGUAUUGAUGUUAACGCAGGGUGUCCGAAGCACUUUAGUAUACACAGUGGAAUGGGAGCUGCGUUAUUGAGUACUCCUGCGUUGUUGGAGGAGAUUUUAACUAGACUGGUAACCGAAGUUGGACGCCCCAAUGGGAAGCCAAUAAGUGUUAAAAUUAGAGUACUUGAGAACGAACAAAAGACCUUGGAACUGGUUGAAAGGUUAGUCAAGACAGGGAUCAGCAAUUUGACUGUGCAUUGUCGUACCAAGAAUAUGCGUAAUAGAGAAGCUCCCAUCAGAGACUACCUGGAAGGUAUCCUGGAUCACUGCAGAUCGAACAAAGUUAGUUUGGUGAUUAAUGGUGGUAUAAAAGAUCGCAAUGAUUUCAUUGCAAUACAAGAGAAAUAUGGCAUGGAUGUUGGAGCUAUGGUUGCUUCAGAAGCGGAGUUAAACCCUACUUGUUUCCGAAAAGUCCCUCUGCCUUGGAGGGAGGUAUGUAAAGAGUUUCUAGAGUUUGCAGACCGAUUUGCUAAUUGGAAAGGAAACAGCAAAUACUGUUUAGGGAGAAUUGUGCCUGGAGGGGAUCCCAUUAGAAGAGACUUGUCUUCUGCAAAAGAACAUAAUGAUUUAAUGAAACUGUUUGAAGUGGCGACCUGGGAAGCCCCAUCAUCCAAAGAAAAUACGCCGCUAGAUGUCAACACAGACACCACCAGCAUAGAUGACGCAGAAGAAACUUUAAUUCGUAAAAGAUCUCCAUCACCGGAAGGUCACACAGCCAAGAGGCGUUAA